GGCAUGGGAGUUCACGUGCGCCAUCUUCUUCUCUCCGAAAAUCUUCGGAAUGAGACCAGCGUGUCGGUGCAUGCGCCGUUGGAGCAAUUCUCUGUUCUGCGACAACUGCGCCUGCGCCGAAACUCCUGAAAAUUGCCAAAGUGCCUGCCUUAUUCCGAAGAAUACCGAAGCGGCUGAAGAUGGCGCCCGUCAACACUGAUGCCUAAAUCUGCACCGAGGGGAAGUCUGGCCUAUUUUCCCUGGUAUCUCUGGUCCCUUCGUGAAAAUGACAAGGCAUGGGAAAAACUGUACAGCCGGGGCUGUGUAUACCUAUUAUGAGAAGAAAAAGGAUACAGUUGCAUCUGGCUACGGGACACAGACUGUUCGUCUUAGCAAGGAUGCAGUAAAGGAUUUUGAUUGCUGUUGUUUGUCUCUUCAACCAUGUAAAGACCCUGUGGUCACAUCUGAUGGUUACAUUUAUGAAAAAGAGUCAAUUCUGGAAUACAUCUUGCAUCAAAAGAAGGAAAUUGCUCGGCAGAUGAAGGCAUACGAGAAGCAGAAAAAUUCAAAGAAGGCAGAAAUGGAGGAAUUAAACAAAGCUGCAAAAGAAUCUAAAAUGAAAGCAUUCCUGGAUAAAGAAAUGACCAUAGUCAGCAAGCCACUGAACCCCUUCACCCGGAAAUCAGACCGUGGUAUAGACGCUGCUGAGCCAAGUUGCAGUCAGCAAAGCAGUGAGGAGAAGAAUAAGCAGCUUCCAAGCUUUUGGAUUCCAUCGCUGACUCCAGAAGCAAAAACCUCGCUUGUGAAAAAACCAGACAAGACUGUUUACUGCCCAAUGAGUGGGAGGCCUCUCAAGAUGAAAGACCUUAUGCCAGUGAACUUUACCCGUGUGGAUGAGAAGGUGGAUCGUGUAGGUCUAAUAAACCGUCAGGACAGAUACGUUUGUGCUGUGACACGAGACAUGUUGGGCAAUUCUGUACCGUGCGCUGUGCUGCGACCUUCAGGUGCUGUGGUCACAAUGGAGUGUGUAGAGAAACUGAUCAAAAAGGACAUGAUUGAUCCUAUCAGUGGGGACAAGCUGAGCGAGCAUGACAUCAUCAUGCUGCAGAGGGGCGGAACUGGAUUCUCUGGCUCUGGAGUCCUAUUGCAGGCUAAAGAGGCCCGGCCAGUAAUGCAAGCGUGAACAGUGAGCAGACUCUCUUCUGUGCUAUACGUCUUUCUAUAAAUUCUUGUGAACACUAUGGAGUUGAUAUUUCAUUCCACCAUGUCAGUACAGUGCUAAUGAGAGCAUGAUUGUCUUGCAUUGAAAAGAAACUGGAGAUUUACCUGCCCAAGGAUUAUACACAUGGUGGUUAUUUAUCAAAGGUCGAAUUUCGAAUUCAUGUGCAUUUUUUUUUAACAUUAAUAAAUCCAAAUAUACUCACAA